AUGUUGUACGAACUAAUAGGAGUGGUCCGACCAGGCAAAGUCCUCGAAGUAAAAGAAAUCGCCAAAACAGCAGGCACCCUCGUCCUCAACGCCGGCGGCGUCGUGCGCGGCAUAACCAACUGGGGCACCUUCCUCCUGCCCAAGCCAUACCGCAAGCACCAGCAGCUACAUACCAGCGGCCACUACUUCAUCAUGCGCUUCGACUCCUCUGCAAAGACACAGCACAGCGUGCGGAGAACGCUCAGUCUCGAUCCCCGGAUGAUCAAGUACUCGGUCGUCAAGAUGGGGGAUAAGCUUGAGGCCAUCAAGGAGGUGGGAGGGCAGGCGGAGUGGGCGAGCAAGAAGGGGAAGGAGAGGGAUGCGUUGAGCCAGUGGAUGUGA